GAAUCCAAGGCGGUUAGUCGUAAUGCCAGACAAACGUGGUUUGGCUGUGCAGAAUGUAGAAGAUCUGGACGUUUCAAAACUAACUGCCUUAUCACCGGAGGUCAUCAGUCGUCAGGCUACCAUAAACAUCGGUACUAUAGGCCAUGUCGCCCACGGGAAGACAACAGUUGUGCGUGCGAUUUCCACAGUGCAUACCAUUAGGCACAAAAAUGAGUUGAUCAGGAACAUCACAAUAAAGCUGGGAUAUGCUAAUGCUAAGAUAUACAAAUGCAAUAGUGAAGCAUGCAUACGCCCUGCUUGUUAUCGUUCAUUCGGAAGUGCAACAGAUGAUUCCCUUCCCUGUCCUAGACCAGGAUGUGAUGGAACACUAACAUUGCUGAGUAACUGCCAACGUUUUCCGAUAAAUACUGUUCAUUCUUUUCAGAGCUUUUAUUAAAUCGCGCUGAUUCUUGAGUUAAUAACACUCAUUUCGUCACUACUCUUAGUGAGUAAGAGCACAAUGUGUUGUUGUCGAGUUAUUCCAAUCUCUCAGAUGUCCCGAAAGUGCUUUGGUCAUAGAGCUUUGUUCACUCACUGAGAUACUUGUUAUGAAACCACCAGCCUAACAUUUUAAAAAGAUAGGACCGAGUCAACACUUCUACUUAGCCUCUCUUCCAUUCUGCAAUGCCUUGUUCUGUAUUGCUCUAAUCGCUUUUACAUAUCCUAGAGAUCACGUGAUUUAAAUUCCCCUUGGUAAGUACGCUGGAAUGGUACCAAUUACAUUUACUACAAUGUAGCAAUCCCAAGUUCAGCCACGGGGCAGGUCCGUUGUUCCGUUAUAACAGCAAGCAAACGAGUCAUGCUUAGUGGUUAUGUUACUUCUGAAAUUAGUUUUUGACAUAAUAGUUUGCAUUACAUUGUUAUAUUGUUCAGGCUAUCUAUUAAAGUCUUUAAUUCAGCUUUUUUAAUGCGCAGUGGAAUCCUGAUCUUCAUUUAAAUUAUCUCACUUCACGUAGGUCAUCUUUGUCAGCAAAUAGUUUAUUACUCUUUUCACUGUCUUUUGGGCAUUAUUGACACUAUCCGAAGUUUAGGUUUAACAAUAGGGUUUUAGUUGAUUUACGAACGAGUAGCCAUGUUAAUUUCCUCAAUCACCUAUUACAUUUGCCAUUUUUUGUUUUGUGCUCAUAUUCUGUACAUAAUCAUCUUAAUUUACUGUAUUAAAAUCUACUCAUCUAGCUGGUGGUCUUUAAUUUCUAGUCAUUCGUUGGGCUAAGUCAAUAGUACGACAGCUUAAUUAGCCGUCACUAGACCACAGUAUAUAUUAUUAGGCUCAUUCAUCCAUUUACAUUCUAUUAAUUGAUUUUAAGAGCUAAAAACCUGUUCGAAACAAAUCGUGAAAACCUCCAUAACGACUGUGUAUGAGAUUUUCUAUUUUAUAACUUCAAUGUUUUUUUAACUAGGCAUGUUUCGUUUGUGGAUUGUCCAGGUCAUGAUAUUUUAAUGGCAACUAUGUUAAACGGUGCUGCUGUUAUGGACGCAGCAUUAUUGUUGAUAGCCAGCAAUGAGACAUGUCCCCAGCCUCAAACAAGUGAGCACCUCGCUGCUGUAGAGAUCAUGCAGUUGAAAUACAUAAUUAUUCUUCAAAAUAAGAUUGACUUAAUCAAGGAAAGUCAGGCACGCGAACAAUAUUCACAGAUUUUACGUUUUAUCCAGGGUACUGUUGCUCAAGGAGCUCCAGUUGUACCUAUCUCAGCACAAUUGAAGUAUAAUAUUGAUGUUGUUUGUGAUUACAUUGUGAAUCACAUUCCGGUUCCAGUACGGGAUUUUACAUCAGCACCUCGUUUGAUUGUUAUUCGAUCAUUCGAUGUCAACAAACCUGGUUGCGAAGUGGAUGAUCUACAAGGUGGAGUAGCUGGAGGGAGCAUUUUGCGAGGGGUUCUAAAGGUUGGGCAAAAAAUAGAAAUUAGACCAGGUCUCGUUUCAAAAGAUUCGGAGACUGGGGGCGUUACUUGUAGACCCAUUAUUUCAUGUAUUGUGUCACUUUUCGCGGAGCAGAAUGACCUUGCUUAUGCUGUUCCAGGAGGUUUAAUUGGAGUUGGGACAAAAAUCGAUCCACAGUUGUGUCGCGCUGAUCGUUUGGUUGGACAUGUUUUAGGACAGGUUGGCACCUUGCCUGACAUAUAUGUGGAGUUGGAAAUAUCAUUCUUUCUUCUACGACGUUUGUUAGGUGUUCGCACAGAAGGGGACCAAAAAGGUGCUAAGGUUCAAAAGCUUUCUAAAAAUGAAGUUUUGAUGGUGAAUAUCGGGUCUCUUUCUAGUGGUGGAUGUGUUAUAGCUGUUAAAGGUGAUCUAGCCAAAAUACGACUAAAUAGCCCUGUCUGUACUCAAGUUGAUGAAAAAAUCGCAUUAAGCAGGCGUGUUGAAAGACAUUGGCGAUUGAUAGGAUGGGGAGAAAUUCGACGUGGUGUCACAAUCCAGCCCGUCCAGUGAAUAUCGACAAACUUCGUUUUGCAUAUGAAGAUGAAGACCUAUACCUGUCCUCCUCUUCAGAUAUGCACAUGUGGUUAUCAUGAAAAGUAAGACAAGAUGUACAAAUGUGGACCAGUGUUGCAAGCAUUGAGAUAUUUUAAACAUGGGUUUGUAUUCUAUCGUAUAUGCGAUCCAAAUAUAAGUAAUGUCGACAAGUC